AUGCACUACAUCGAGGAUGCGCUCGCUUCCAUACGGCUUCGUGCCAAGCAUCAUGAUCCGUACGAAGAAUGGGAAGCUAAUACUAAGCGGGAAGCGUUUCGAACGGCCCGCGCGGAGCAAGCGUUCAGAAGGCAACAACGUCAGGAACUCCUCGCUCGAUCACACGCAGACGCUUUGAAGCAGCGGAAUGAGAAAUAUCAGAAGGAGCUCAAGGCGGUUCAGACCGUGCUUUCUGCUCAACAAGGUAGCAGACGAGUUGAGGGAAGGAAAUUAUUGGAUGACUGGGAAUCGCGCUCGAAGUCUCUACUUCAGCACAUCGAAUCGGUUAUCAAAGCAGAGGAAGAGCGAGCCAAGGCGCAACAGGAGAUAGAUCGCAAGAAGAAGGAAGAGGAGGAGAAGAGACGGCGAGAAGAAGAAGAGCGAAGGCGAGAAGAAGAAGGGCGAAGGCGACAGGAAGAAGAGAAUCGUCGGAAAGAGGAGGAGGAGCGCAAGCGCAAGGAACAAGAGGAAGCGCAGGCAAAGCAGAAGCGGGAGCAGGAGGAAAAGGUGGCUAGAGAGCAGGAGCAGGCUGAGCAACAACAACGCGCAACGUUGGGCUACACGACACCGCUGGAAGACUGGAAGCGAGCCCGAUCUGUUUUGAAGAACCUCAAGACAGGCCCAAUGGCUAUAGUCAAGGGUGACAAAGCGUUGAAAGCUAUGUGGGGCACAGGGCGACGGGCAAUUACUCCCAGAGUGGGACAAUUGACGGCCGACGAGGAGUCCGUGUCAAGGAUUACUGGCCAAUUGAUCGACAUCUUGCAUCCGAAGCAACCACACCCGGAACACGUAUACUACGCGCUGCUUUCAUCGCUUGCCAAGGCAAUACUGCUGCAAGCAGAGACUGAGGUCACUGCAGAGAAACACAGCGCACGGCCUCUUGCAGAUGUUACCGUGCGGUUACUGAGCACGCUGAACGGCUUUGUCGAGAUCUUCUGGGCUAAACUCUGCCAGCGGGCGGGCGGAUGGCCAGUCCCAGUGAUGGUGCCUGAAGAAGACGUUGAUGGCACGAAAUUCGAUGCUGCAGCAUGGCGGAAGGCAUGUGGUUAUCGCGAUGGUGAAAACUCGUCAGACUAUACGACACGCGUAUCCGGUCUCAUGCGACUGUAUUUCAUGAUGCUGGGGAUACGCUCUUCGGGACCAUUGGAUUUCAUCUUUAGCACGUCCAAGUUCUGGACCUACUGUGCGCGUAUGCUAUCGGAACCAUCACUCCUUAAGCAGCCGAUUGCACCCAGUAUCCUGUUUGUGGCACUCGAUGUUGCUGGACAGCGGGCUGGCAUGAUCUGGGGGCCGCAAUGGGUCAAACUACUCAGCCUUCUCUACGAAGGCGUAACGGUUGGUGUGGAUAAUUCUCGUGACAGUCUCAUCGGAGGGGCAGAUGCAGAAGCGGUCGCUGCUCGUAUGCGAAUACAGCUUCAAAUUGAGAAGGUCAUGAAGGCGCUUUGA